AUGAAGUUUUUAGCCAUAAUAAUUCUUGCUGCGUCAGCCUUAGCUGAACCACCGGUAAAUAGUAGAUACCUACCACCUUCUCAAUCCUAUGGAGCACCAGGAUUUGGGGGACAAAGACAAACUGAUGCCAUAAUUAGAAAUCGACCUUCCAACUCAUACAACGCCCCAUCGCGUCGUCUCUCAAUUGAAUAUGGACCUCCAAAUCAGGGCAUAUCUAACCAGUAUGGACCCCCGAGCCAAAGGCUUUCCAACCAGUAUUUACCACCCCAAGAUCUCUCAGACCAGUACUUACCACCACAAAGCUCCAGACUUACUCAGCCUUCGUCGCAGUAUGGAGCACCUAACCAAGGUUUUGGGUCUGGAGGUAUCCAAUACGCGACGCCCUCUCAAGAAUAUGGUGCACCAGGUUUUGGAUCAAGAGGUGGAAACCAGUUCUCCCAAAACAACUUGGGUUCCAAUGCUGGAUACAACCCAAGACCUCAAAACAGACAGUAUUUACCACCAAACCAGGGAGGAUAUGGCAACGAUGAUGGAAGUAACGGAGAACCAGCAAACUACAGCUUCGAAUACAUGGUAAAAGACGAGCCCUCCGGAAACGACUUCGGCCACCGUGAAAGCAGACAAGGAGACAAAACCGAAGGAUUGUACUAUGUUCUAUUACCAGAUGGAAGGAAACAGACCGUCGAAUACGAAGCUGAUGAGAACGGUUACAGGCCCAGGAUCUCAUACCAAGACACAGGCCUGGGUGCUGGUGGCUACAACAGAAACGCUCAAUCCGGUGGUUACCAAUAUUAA